AUGGCGUCUUUCCACAUUCGAUCAAACAGUUUCCCGUCUCAAUCACACCCGAAUGUAAACAAUGUUGAAGAUCAUUUGGAGAGGCUGAAGUCCUCACAAGCCGCAUCAACUUCUUCAAUCUGUGCAAACUUGGCUAGCCUUAAAGACUUACACGACAGCAUCAAUAACAUGAUCCAAAUGCCUUCUAUCCAACAUGAGCUCGCUCGUGAAGAAGGUCAAAAUCGGAUAAACGAGUUGCUCGAGGGAUCUAUAAGGCUAGUCGACUUUUGUGGUGUUUCUAGAGACAUUGUCCAACUAACAAAGGAGUCUGUACAAAAUCGUGAGUCCUCUCUCAGGAGGAAAAAAAUCGAGACGGCCACAUCAGAUGAUGUUAGUGAUUACGUGGAGUCAAGAAAAAAGAUCAGCAAGAUGGUCAACAAGUGCAUCGAGAAGAACUUGAAGACCUCAAACAAAAACACAACAUUAGUCUCACCCAUUGGGACUAUGCUAAAAGAAGUAGAGUCCCUUGAUUUAUCAAUCCUCAAGUCUCUAUUGAUGGUCUUGUCCGGGCAAAAGGAGUCAUCGGGCGAGAAAAGAUGGUUGGCAAUGCUUUCAAAGAUGACUCCUCAAACCAGACGCGUAGAUUCUCAGAUGAAGCAAGAAAGUGAAGCUGAGGUUCUUUGUAUGUUGAACAUCGACAAGUCGGUGAAAAACGUGGACAGAAAAAUCUUGUUGAAGCAGUUAAAAGCAUCGGAAAUGACCAUUCAAGAAGUUGAAGAGUGCUUGGAUGCCUUGUUCACAUGUUUAGUGAAAACUAGAGUCUCUCUCCUUAAUGCUCUCAGCCUUUAG